CCCCCACGCUGCCCCCAACCAACGUGCGUUAAAUUCGUUGCCCGCCUCGCUUUAAAUUCUCUCCACUCUUCUUUCCCUCCACGACUCACCGAUCGAGUGCACCACACUCCACACUCCCCACUUGCUGAUCGGAGCCAUUGCCGCCGCCGCCGCCUCCACCGGCAGAAUGAGCUCGUCGUCGUCGUCGGCGCAGCUGAAGCGGCUGAAGCCGCUGUACCAGCAUGUGGUGAACAAUUUCCUCGUGGUGAUGGCCGCGCCGCUGGCCGUGGCGGCGAUCGUCAACGCGGCGCGGGUCGGGCCGGACGAGCUGCUCCGGAUGGUGCGCGCGCUGCGGCCGGUGCACGUCUUCCUGGCAGCGUUCGUGCCGGCGGCGGCCGCGACGCUGUACCUCAUGCUGCGGCCGCGCCCCGUGUACCUCGUCGACUACGCGUGCUUCCGCACCAAGCCCAACUGCCGCGUCCCGUUCGCCACGUUCCUCGAGCACGCCAAGCUGGUGACGUACGUGGAGGGCGCGUCCAUCGACGAGCGCAGCGUGCGGUUCAUGACGCGGCUGCUCGAGCGGUCGGGGCUCGGGGAGGAGACGUGCCUGCCGCCGGCGCACCACUUCAUCCCGCCGUACCGGAACCUGGAGGCGUCGCGCGCCGAAGUGGAGGUCGUCAUCUUCAACGCCAUCGACGACCUGCUCGCCAAGACGGGCAUCAGCCCCGCCGCGAUCGACAUCCUCGUCGUCAACUGCAGCCUCUUCGCGCCCAUCCCCUCCUUCACCGACAUGAUCAUCAACAACUACAAGAUGCGCAGCGACAUCCGCAACGUGCACCUCUCCGGGAUGGGCUGCAGCGCGGGCCUCAUCUCCGUCGGCCUCGCCCGCAACUUCCUGCAGGUGGCGCCGCACGGCGCGCACGCGCUGGUCGUGUCGACGGAGACCAUCACGCCAAACUACUACGUCGGCAAGGAGCGCGCGAUGCUCCUGCCCAACUGCCUCUUCCGGAUGGGCGGCGCCGCCGUGCUGCUGUCCACGUCGCGCGCCAAGGCACGGUUCCGCCUCUCCCGCGUCGUGCGGACGCUGACCGGCGCCCAGGACAGCGCGUACCGGUGCGUGUUCCAGGAGGAGGACGGCGAGGGACACCGGGGCAUCAACCUCUCCAAGGACCUCAUGACCAUCGCCGGCGACUCGCUCAAGGCGAACAUCACCGCCAUCGGGCCCCUCGUCCUGCCGGCGUCGGAGCAGCUCCUGUUCGCGCUGUCCUUCAUCGCGCGGCGGGUGCUGAACCGGCGGGUGAAGCCGUACCUCCCGGACUUCCGCAUGGCGUUCGAGCACUUCUGCAUCCACGCCGGCGGCCGCGCGGUGAUCGACGAGCUGCAGCGCAGCCUGGGGCUCUCCGACGAGCACGUGGAGGCGUCGCGGAUGGCGCUGCACCGGUUCGGCAACACGUCGAGCAGCUCGGUGUGGUACGAGCUGGCCUACAUCGAGGCCAAGGGCCGCAUGCGCCCCGGCGACCGCGUGUGGAUGAUCGGGUUCGGCUCCGGCUUCAAGUGCAACAGCGCCGCGUGGGAGUGCAUCUCGCCGGCGCGCAACGCCGACGGGCCAUGGGCCGACAGCAUCUGCCGGUACCCCGUCGACAUCCCGGAGGUGCUCAAGCACUAGCUGCGCGACGUCGUACGCCGACGAGGUGACAGUGUGCGUCUGCGUCUGCGCGCGCGCGGUGACACGUACGUACGUACUCCGCCCGACCGUGGCGCGUAACCGGAAAAAGGCAGCGAGCGACCGUGGCCGCGGCCGCGAUAAAUGCGGAGGCUGACGGGGUGCAUGUGCGCGCGUACGAGCGGUUAAAUCCCAUCAAAUUUAUACACGUACGUACGUAUAGGCCGUGGUCCUCUCUCUCUCUCUCGUUCAGUGUAAUAACCUUUUGCUGUUCUUCUUCUUCCUCCUCUCUCUCUUUCCCUUUUGAGAUCUGGGCUAUUGAUCUAUCUCUCCCCCCCCCCCCCCCCCCACUUAUCUCCCUCUCUUUCUCGCGCCAUUGAUAAGAAAAAAUAGAAAUGUACUACUGCGGGUUUGGUCAAUUUGUCAAUCAAUACUAUGUACCAGCUGAUAAUAAAACGAUAUUUAUAUCAUUCAA